GUUGAAGUGGUCUUCGACUGCCCUGGCAUCCGUAUGGAUGUCGAGGCCAUUCAAUAAAAGAUCGUCAUUGAGCAGAUGUCGAAGUUAGGGCAUCCAAUCAAAACCACGACUCAGCUUAUACAUCAUUCAACCCCAUCACUUGUCCAUUGCUAACUCACCCCUCAUCUUUCUUUCAUAUGAUCAAAUAUCAUACACCAAGCAAAAUGGGACAGACAGUCAUUGCAUUUGACCUCUACGGUACCAUACUCUCCACUGAGUCAAUAGCAGGAGAGUUGGCAAAGCUAUACGGGCAGGACAAAGCUCAAUCUAUCGCAUCGCUUGCUAGGAGGUAUCAGCUUGAGUAUACAUGGCGUGCCAAUAGCAUGGGCACUUAUCGCUCGUUUAGCGAUCUUACGAGAUGGUCAUUUCGACAGGCUACCAAAGAAAUUGGGCUUGAGCUCACUCCAGAGCAGGAGGAACACGUGAUGAAUGCGUAUAACGGUCUCGAUACGUUUCCAGAUGUUGACGAUGCGCUCAAGAGAUUAGCAGAAAGCCCAUCCAUUGACUCUUACAUCUUCUCCAACGGCACCGCCGACAUGAUCGCCUCGUCACUCAAAACAUCGCCUUCCCUGUCACAGGCGAGCAACGUGUUUACCCAGGAGAAGCUCGUGAGCAUCGACUCGAUUCAAGUGUUCAAGCCGGAUCCUCGCACGUACAAGUUCAUGGCCAAGACAGCGGGGCUGGAAUCGCAGCUUGACGAGGUUUGGCUGGUGAGCUCAAAUCCGUUUGAUGUAGUGGGUGCGACAGCGGUUGGACUCAAGAGUGUAUGGAUUGACCGUGGUAGAAAAGGAUGGAGUGAUGGUCUUGCGGGAUCGUUGGAUGUGAAACCUACAGUUAUCGCUGCUACUGUGGAUGAAGCUGUGCAGACGAUUUUGCGACAGUCUGAGAGUAGCGAGUAGAGUGACGAUGAUGUAAUGAGUAAUUAGAAUGCCAGGUUAUGUGUCUGGGGUUCCAUAAUACGUCAUAUAUAAGAUCCGUGCAGUAUUAAAA